AUGAGUGAAGUUGAGAUCAAUGGCUGGCCGGCAGCUGGGGCUAGACACUGCAUCAUCGUCGAUGGUGGUUCAGACGCCGAACUGUCCUCGCCCUUGCUUGUCAAAGAAUAUGAUCCGCUCAUGUCAGAUCCGGGUUUCGAAGCAGAUAUAAGCGAUACAGAGGUCAGUCUGGUUGCGGGUCGCAGAUCACGGCCUACUACGAAGAAAAGGCAUGCCAUCCAGAGAUCAGUAAGCCAUGAGGGCAUUGAACGAGUGGCUCGAAGCACCUCAAGACCUGCGACUUACCCAAACAGAGAAGCACACAACAAAUGCUCUCAGCCCGGACAACGAAGCCAUGCCUCCCUUCGCACUCCACAUCCGAAAGUGCCACGAGCAUUUAGCAGCUCCACCGUCGAGACCCGAUCCCGGUAUCACGAUCCUGCCAUCAAGGCUGCAGAUCUUCAACGCGAGCUCGUGGCCAGAACCAAGCAGGCUGAUGAACAGCGGUUCAAUUCUCGGCGCGUCCAACUUACAAGGUCAACGAGCGGUCCUUCGAAUGAGUCCAACACCGAGAACUCAGCACCUACAUUUCGGUGGUAUGCUCAGUCUCGAUCGAGUCCUGACUCCGAUAGGUCUGAACAUCUACCUUCGUCGAAGCCGCACAGUCCGGAGGUGCCACUUAAGCCGUGUCUGAAGUCGAAGGCAAAAAGCACUACAACUACACCACCCGGCGAGCUCCUCAAAUUGGUGGAUGACGACGCUAGUGACAGAACCCUGCGUCGCGUGAAGACAGUGGACUUUGAGGAGACAAAGAAGCCACUCCUCGCCUUACCAGGAGCACAAAAAGCAUUGAAGAAGAUAGUGCAUGAUUCGACAGGUCAAUCAGAGACGUCGCCGCUGAGAGGACCAAGUUCCGCAAAGAAUACGUCCAUGGCACCGCAUUGCCCCAGCAUGCUUAGCACGGCAAAGAGUAAUCUUGCAGACCCGGCAACUACGCACGCAGACGUCCAUGUCAUAGCCAUUGCGCCAUCAAGGGAUGUGAAUAAUGCCAACAACAAGGCAAGCAGCGAUCCAGCAACGCCGACCAUGCAGUACGUCGAGUCGAACAAUGGCUGUUACGAGGUAAUCUGGGACGAUGUACCAAGAGAGCAAAGCGACCAAAGGAGACGUCGUAGCUCUGUUGCAAGUCAUUCGUUGCAACUAGCCAACCCUGCAGCCGCUCGAGGACUACAGCGCGUCAACUCUAAACUUGUAGACUGGUCCGGCAGCUGGAAUGCUCCAUCCGACACAUUCAAACCUACCAUUGUAGUCUUUCCCGACCAUGAAGUUGGCAUGCCACAAUUCGAAUGCGCUGUGGAGGAUGAUGACGACUUGCUCGCUCCUGUUCCGCCAAAUAGUCACAGAACAAGUGCUGUGCCGUCGCGCGCUCCCUCACGACCAUCUAGUGCCCCACUGACGCGAGCUCCAUCAGAAGAACAGAUUCCACUGGUCGAUACUUUGCAAGAUGGUCCGCCUGAAAGAAAACAGGGCUGGGUCGUACCAUUGGAAAAAGCUCUCUCGAUUCCGGAUCCUGAUCUACAAUCUACACGUCUUCUCAACGCCACGUCUAGAUUAAGAGCAAUUCCAACAAUCCGCAAGCUCUCCAACGUCGAUGACACUGAUCUCAAGUUCCGCGGCCAUCGCGAUUCAGUUACGCUGGCGCAUACACGUUUCUUGCGCACUGGAGGAGUUUCGCCAGAACUAUUCGCGCAUCGUGACUCGGUGUCUAUGGCGAGGAAGAGGAUGCACGCAAGGAAUCACGCUGUCUCUGCUGUACUUGAAAUCCCAGGAUCGAAUCCGACGGGCUAUACAUCGCCGCUGGCCAUUUCGCUCGAUGAUACGGUUCUGGAUAUGCCGUUGGUAAAGCAGCACGCAGCUCAAGCGCUGAGGUCACAGAAGUCGGCAUCCAUGCUCGUGCCGCAGCCAUCGCAGGCCCAGAGGCACAUUCGGAUUGUAGAGUAA